AGAGCUCUUCUAGAGAAGAAGCAGAGGAAGAAACGUCUUGAUCCCUUGAUGGUGCAGCCAAAUCCUGAGGCAAAGCUGCGUAGGUCAAAGCCCAGAGGGUGUGAGGAGCAGACUCCUUUAGUAGAAACUCCCACUGCUUUCCACAGUGAUGUUAUUUUACAUGGCAUUGAUGGACCAGCUGCUUUCCUGAAAUCAGAAGCACAAGAUUUGGGGACCAAGCUCCAAACUCUCUCUGCUGGAUCUUCCAAAACAGAAGACAAUGCAGAUCAGGAAAAUGAUGGAGAGGCUCUGAUAGACACAGCAGGCAAGUCAGAUCUGCAAGAAAUCUUACAGAAACGAGGAAUUUCAGGCAGUUUGAACUUUGAUGAGGAGGACACAGAAGAGGAAGAAGCCAGUAAGAGACCAGCAUCUCAUUCACCGCAUCCUGAAUCUGAGAGGCCUAGUUCUGCAACCAGCGAGAAAUCUUCUGCAGAAACAGGUGCUUCCUGUAGUCCAUCCCCUCAGGCAGAUGCACAGCUGGGAGAAGUAGAGAACUUGGAGGAUUUUGCAUUACGGCCUGCACCCCGUGGUGUUACAGUCAAAUGUCGAAUCACUAGAGAUAAGAAGGGAAUGGACCGGGGCCUCUUCCCUACUUAUUACAUGCAUCUGGAAAGAGAUGACAACAGAAAGACAUUCCUUCUUGCAGGGAGAAAACGAAAAAAGAGCAAAACAUCCAAUUACCUCAUAUCAAUUGACCCAACUGAUUUAUCCCGGGAAGGGGAAAGUUUCAUUGGAAAACUCAGGUCAAACCUCAUGGGAACUAGAUUUGCUGUCUAUGACAAUGGAAUUAGCCCACUCAAGGCACAAGAUCUAGUGGAAAAGGCUCAUACAAGACAGGAGCUUGCAGCUAUUUGUUAUGAAACCAAUGUGUUAGGAUUCAAGGGUCCUAGAAAAAUGUCUGUGAUCAUUCCAGGAAUGAAUAUGAAUCAUCAGCGAAUUCCAAUCCGUCCACGAAAUGAACGUGAGAGUCUCCUGUCAAAAUGGCAAAACAAAAAUUUUGAAAACCUCAUUGAGUUGCACAACAAGGCUCCAGUCUGGAACGAUGAUACUCAAUCCUAUGUUUUGAACUUCCAUGGGAGAGUCACUCAGGCCUCGGUGAAGAACUUCCAGAUCGUCCAUGACAAUGACCCUGACUACAUUGUGAUGCAGUUUGGUCGUGUAGCAGAAGAUGUGUUCACUCUGGACUACAAUUAUCCUCUCUGUGCUCUUCAGGCCUUUGCUAUUGGACUCUCCAGCUUUGAUAGUAAAUUGGCCUGUGAAUGACACACAACAGACUUGAAACAUGGAAUUUGUUCUCAUCCCUGCAUUUUAUUGUAAGAGUUCCAGGUGGAGUAAUGGAAAGCACAUUGGGGAUGGAAGGGAACUGGAGGACAGACUUCCGCAGGCUUACUAGAAAACAAAUACCAGGCCUCAGAGCAUUAUGGUAGUUGGCAGUAGACCAUUUUAGGAGAUAGUCCCAAGACUGACCAGUCUCUGUUAUGCAUGGUGGAAGAACAAGAACUAUGGGUGA